GCUCAGUAAUAUAUUCAGUUUGUUGUUGGUUUAACCUGUAUUUCAGUCAACUUUCAACCAGAGAUGAAUGGACUACAAACAGCUUGUCUCUGAUUCAAUCAGUUACACUAAUGACUCAGAAUAAUCACUUCAGUGUGAAGAUUAAAGACUUGUUUGGACGAGUCUGACAUCCCACAGCAUCUCUGUGACCCAAAAGUCGUGUCUUUGUAGUGGAAGAAGUGAACUGACGGCUCGUUUUUCCUCUUUACAGUAAAUCCUGUUUUAGCCUGCUGCUAUCGAAUACGUUCACAUUUCAGACUGAGCCAUUGUUUUUCUGUUAUUCUUGGAUGUGAUUUUAGAUGAUUUGGGAAAGCUGCAGACUUUUCAAAACAGUUUGAACUUUCCGUUGCAUUGUCUAACAGUCAUAACAGAACUUAUCGAGAUGUUUACUCACCAUCAAUUAGCGGGAAGUCUAAACAAGGCGAUUUUAAUUAAAUAACUAGUAAUACAGCAAAGCAUUAUUCAUAAACAGUGAACAGGAAUGUAAAAUAAACAUUUUUUUAUUGUUACGCACAAAUUCCACCUGUUUUUACUGUAAAUUUCCGCAUUUUAUGACUUAUUAUUUGUUUUGAAGUUGUUGCUUUGUAAAUGAUAACGUGAGUAUUGGCAGCUUUAAUGAAACGUGUUAUUAUGAGUUUAGAUUUCACUUUUCGGAACUGUUAUGAUAACAGCCAUAAACAAUCGACCAUAUACAGCAGGGGAGUCAAACUCUUCUUAGUUCAGGUUCCACAUUCAGCCCAGUUUGAUCUCCAGUGGACCAGACCAGUAAAACCACAGCGUAAUAACCUAGAAAUAACUCCACAAUUUCCUUUUGUUUUAGUGCAAUAAUGUUCACAUUUAAGGAACAAUUGAACAACCUGAAAUUUCUUCAGAAAAGUAAUUUAAAUUUCAGCAACAUUCAUCCUCAGUUUAUCAUUUCCACAUUACAACUUCCAGAUCACAGAGUGUCUACAAAGGAACACAACAUUUAGUCAUAGCUAUCUAGAACUCAAAAUGACAAAAAAUGACAAAAAAAACCAACAAAAACAUGACAAAAAAUACAAAAAAAGACAUAAAUGACACAAACAAAACCAAAAAUGACAAAAGCGAGAAACAAAACGACAAAAAAAUAGACUAACAACACAAGCGAGACAAAAAAAACACUAGACGACAAAAACGAUACACAAAACAACAUAAAGCAAAAUGCAAAAAGACAAUAAGACAGAAAGACAAGUGAGACAAAAAGGAAACACAAAAGGACAAAAACAGGACAAUAUAUGACAAAACGAAGCACAGAACAACAAAAAUAUGACAAAAAAACAACAAAAAGAACACAAAAUAUUACCAAAAAAGGAGACUCAAAGUGAGAAAAACGCCAAAAACAGGAGAUAAGUGACAAAAAAAGACAAAAAAACUAGACAAAUGUGACAAAGAGACACAAAAUGACAAAAGAACAAUGAACAAUCUAGUAUUUUACUUUAUGAUCAAAACAGGUUCUCAUGGUCUAGAAAUUAUUGUAAAUUUAUAGUUUUAUUAAUUUACAAUGUGCAGUUAAUGUCUUCUCUGGAAUUUUUACACUUUGAGGGCCGGAUUGGACCCUCUGGAGGACCGCUUUUGGCCCACGGGCCGCAUGUUGGACACCCCUGAUAUAAAGGAUCAUUACACACUUUUACACACUUUAACACACCUGGUAUCUUUUUUCAUCCAUCCUUGUAGAAACAAAUCACUGUUAGAUACAUGAACAGCACUUAAUCCAGGUCUGAGUUUAUUUAAUAGAAACACAUUAAUCGUGAACCGCACAGAUAACAGAAACACUUGUCGCUGGUUUGUCUCACCUCAGGUCGGGCUUAUCUUCUGUUUGCUGAUUCAAUCUGAAUCCAGGAGGCGUUCAAACAAUACGACAUGUGAGUCUGUGGCCAUUUUCACUUUGCAAACACAAUCACAGGCAGUGGGCAUCCAGCAGGGCCGAUAAAUUCAAUGAUCCGGUAGAAAAAAGAAGGACUUUAUUUAACCUCUCGCCCACAAACACACAUAAAAACACAAGACCCGCCCACUCCCAGUGGUCAGCCCAGUAGGGAGGAGUGUGAGGGCGAGCAAAGGGCUGCUCUUAUCUGACUAUAUAUUCAGCAACAGCGUCUGACUGUUUGGACGACAUCUGAUCGAAACAGAGAGCAGCAGAGAGAUAGAAAGAUCAGGAGACAGAUAAUGAGAAGAAGGUGAAGCAGCUGACUCAAACACUCAUUAAAGUCUUCUGUGUCAGCGACUCUUCAGGAGCUCAGCUGACCCCUCCAUCCUCCAACCCCGGCCCUCCUUCAUCUCACCACGCUACCUCCUCUUCCUCUCCAAGACCAUGGAGGAGGUCUCCAAGGAAACGCCGCUGGCCCCGCCCCCUCUCCUGGAGCGGCGGGUUCGCCAGCGACAGCGCACGGCGUCAGUCCUCAGAUCCAAGCUGAAGCAGGGCGUCACCUGCUCCAUACCCAGAGUACGAUCCACCCUGACAGGGUUCUUCCCGGUGGUGCGCUGGCUGCCUAAAUACAAGCUCCGAGAGUACGUCUGGGGCGACGUCAUGUCUGGGUUGAUAGUAGGAAUCAUCCUGGUACCGCAGGCCAUCGCCUACUGUCUGCUGGCAGGUGUGGAGCCCAUCUAUGGCUUAUACACCUCAUUUUAUGCCAACAUCAUCUACUUCCUCAUGGGGACGUCCAGACAUGUGUCAGUGGGAAUCUUCAGCCUCAUGAGCCUCAUGGUUGGACAGGUGGUGGACAGGGAGGUGUUCCUGGCAGGUUUUGACCUCAAUGAGGAGUCCACUAAAUCUAGUCCUGAUGUCUUAAAUGGUACAUUCGGCUUCAACCUCACUGGUGGUACCGUGCACACUGUGGAGCUGAUGGGUAUGCAGUGUGGGAAGGAGUGUUAUGCCAUCACCAUUGCUGCUGCCGUUACAUUCCUGGCCGGCAUCUACCAGAUUCUGAUGGCGAUAUUCCGGCUCGGCUUCGUCUCUGUCUAUCUUUCGGGUCCAAUGCUCGACGGCUUUGCCACCGGAGCCUCUUUCACCAUCCUGACCGUUCAGGCCAAAUACUUGCUGGGUCUGAAGAUUCCUCGUCACCAGGGCUACGGCACAGUGGUGGUCACCUGGAUCAACAUCUUCGCCAACAUUCACAAGACCAACCUGUGCGACCUCAUCACUAGCGCCAUCUGUAUCUCAAUACUAGUUGCAGGGAAAGAGAUCCAGGACCGCUACAAGGAUCGUCUAAAGAUCCCUCUACCGACUGAGCUGGUAGUCGUUGCAGGCGCUACGCUGGCCAGCCACUUUGGGGAUCUGAAUGGCCGUUAUGGCUCCAGUGUUUCUGGCCACAUCCCCACAGGGUUCAUUCCUCCUCAGGUGCCCGCCUUCAGUCUGAUGCCACGGGUGGCGCUGGAUGCCAUUCCUCUGGCAGUCAUUAGUUUUGCCUUCACGGUGUCGCUGUCUGAGAUGUUUGCCAAGAAAAAUGGCUACACUGUUCGUCCCAACCAGGAGAUGCUGGCCAUCGGCCUCUGUAACAUCAUCCCCUCCUUCUUCCACUGCUUCACCACCAGUGCAGCUCUGGCAAAAACCAUGGUGAAGGAUUCAACAGGCUGCCAGACACAGGUAUCGAGUCUGAUCAGCGCUGUGGUCGUCCUUCUCGUCCUCCUGGUCUUCGCACCUUUCUUCUACUCUCUCCAGAAAUGUGUUCUUGCCUGUAUUAUCAUUGUCAGCCUUCGGGGGGCGCUGAGGAAGUUCAAGGACGUUCCAGCUAAAUGGCGCGCCAGCAGGAACGAUGCCAUCGUCUGGUUGGUCACCAUGUCGGCCACGGCUCUGAUCAGCGUGGAGCUGGGCCUACUGGUUGGGGUCGUCUUUUCCAUGAGCUGCAUCAUCUUCAAGACCCAGAACCCAAAGGUCUCUCUCCUGGGCCGAGUCAGUGACAUUGAUCUUUACGAGGACUUGGAGGAAUACAAGAACCUCACGCCACCCCCUCGGAUUCAGGUCUUCCGCUUCCAGGCUCCGCUGUACUACGCCAACAAGGACUCCUUCCUCAGAUCCCUCUACAAAGCAGUCGGCGUUGAACCUUUCUUAGAGCUGACGAAGAGGAGGAAGGCUGAGAAGAAGGCCAAAGAAAUGUCCCUGAAGCAGGCCAAGGCAAACGGAGAGAAAAACAACGGUGACAUCAUCGUAGGGCUCGUCCAGAGAGAGCUGGAGUUCCACACGAUAGUCUUAGACUGCUCUGCCAUCCCUUUCAUAGACUCAACGGGCAUGGCCACGUUUAAAACACUGGUCAAGGAAUACAAAGAGAUCGGAGUGAGCGUUCUGCUCGCCAGCUGUAGCACCACAGUCAUCGACACCCUGCAGAAGGGACAGUUCUUCGGGAAAAACGAUGUAGACAUGAGCAGCCUUCUGUUUUAUACCGUUCAUGCUGCAAUUCUUUAUGCCAACAGCGCGGCAGAGAGCAAACCAGAAGACUCUGUGGUGUAGAGCAUCCAGAGAAGACAGAAAACAGGGAAAAUGUUGUCACAUGUUCUAUUUCCUCCUCUCCUUUGUGUGCCUGAAAGUAAAUUUGGGCAUUAUGUACUAAGAAGGUGCCUUUAAGGAAGCCUCGUCCGAGAAAACAAGGGUACCAAGAUUAUCCACUUAGGAAGAGAAUCUUAUUACUGAAUAUGUUUUAAAGCUUUGUGCCCUUAUAUACCAACAAAACUUGAUCUUCUUUAAAGUUUCCCGAGAUCUAAAGAGCUGGACUCAAGUUGAAAUUUAGUAAAGUUGGCCAAAGUAGAAGGAAAGACAACAAUUUACCACACCAUUCGAACCACAUUCCUAAUAUCGUGUUGGUUCUUCUGACACAUGGGGGCAUGGACAUGGGACUUCUUAGGGCGUCUGUGUUGUCUAAAACCGGUAUACUGGCAGCAGAUCCAUUGGGUCUUGUGGCCUAGGGAGUGUGGCCUCCAUGUUUAGAGCUUAUUCCAGUACAUCUCACAAAUGCUCAACCACACUGGGAUCUGGGGAGUUUGGAGGCCGAGUGAGUGCUUUGGUCUUCCAACUGUUCUUGGGCAGUUUGGCAGUUUGGCAGGGGCAUCGUCCUGCUUGGGGAGGCUGUGUUGGAGCGUUGCCAUGGGGUGGAGCGCUUGGAGUUUAUGUUGGUGCAUAACAUCAGCAUGAAUACCAGACUUCAGGGUUACCAGCAGAACGUUGCAUCAUACCACCGUCAUUAACUUCAUGUGGUUUUAAUGCCGUGGCUGAUUAAUGUAUUCACUGAUGAGCCAAUACCGCAAUGACAAAUCACAUUAAAUUUUAUAAGUGCCCCAUUUUUAACCCUCCUGCUGUCUUCAUUUAUGGGCACCAAAAAAAAUUUGUUUCUUUGUCUGAAAAUAAUCAAAAAUUUCAGUAAAAAAAUUCCCCAAAUUUCUGAAAAUUUGCAAAACCUUCAGGAAGAAAAUUCCAAUAAUUCCUUAUAAAGUUAUUUUUAAAAAAUGGCAAGAAAAUUCUUGUAAAUAUUUUCAAAAAAUUUGUAAAAAAUCUUUCAUAAAAAAUCCUAAAAAUAUCUAAAGUGAUUACAUAUAUAUCAGUAAAACAUCUAAUAUUUUCUUUAAGAACAUUCACAAAAAAACUCAACCAAAAUCCAGCGAAAUUUACUGGAGUUUGGUUGAUUUUUUUGUGAAUGUUAAGAAACUUUUUUUUUAACAUUUUUUUUUUCACCAAAAAAAUUCCAAAAAUUCCCCAAAAAUGUUAAAAAUGUGGACAGCAGAAGUUUCACUGAAUUUUUUUUUUUUUCUGGAUUUUCAAACUUUAAAACAGGUCAAUUUGACCUGCAGGACGAUACGAGGGUUAAAAGGAAAAUUAAACAUUUUCAUAUACAAUAAAGAGUUGUCAAGACCCAUUACUACUCAGAUUUGUUAUACUGUAAUUCAGUUUCAAAUUCAGAUACAAAUAAAAAAAAGAUGAUUAUUUAAAGUUAUUUCCACUCUGGUUACAGAUUCCCAGUUUAUGGCCUGUGUCAGUCGUGUCACCUCUCAUUCUCUCAUAAAGUUUCCUCCCAUGUUUUCCGCACAAGGGAAACUAAAAUAGCAGUAGGAAGGAAAAACACCCACGGCUUUGUAGCUCAGCUGAUACAGCAUUAAUGAUAUAAAAAAAAUGGCAUGUAUGGACAGAAGAAGACCUCUGAUAUAUGCUGAAUCUCUACUCAGGUUGUCACAAAUGUGUUUUCUUCCACUUUCAGUUCAUUUCAACUGCUGGUUAAUAUGGGUUCUUGUUUUCAAACACUAUUUAUUGCAAUGAAAGCUAUUUCAGUUUUAUAUCACUGCAAGUCAAAGUUCAAAAUGACUUUAAUCCCCCAGUCCAGAGUCCAGACCUGGAGAUUGAGCCACUGUUGUUGCCGUUUCUUGAAACUGUUAACCUCAAAUCAAUUCUAAAAGGUUAGUUAAGAUGCACUCAUGGAUGACGGGAGGAAAUGCUUUACGUGACCAACAAAGACUGUGUUUUCUGUUUUCUGAGUCCCGCCUUCAGACCGGGACUCAUUACAACGCUCUUGUACUCUUGCCCUGUUCUGAUCAGCCAACGGGAACACUUUGAAAACACUUUUCCACACAUCUGAGAUCUUUGCUCAGGCGCUGGAUGGAAAACUAAACAUCCCACGUGGUGCUUCUGAGAUGUUUUCAGUGAUGGCAGCAGGGGAUGCCGCACAAAUCUGGUCAAAUGUUUCACUGCCUUUGGUUUCUUAAAUAUUUUCAGCAAAAUAAAAAAAAAGGACAGACUUUUGUAUCUUUGUUAAACUAAUGUUUUUGUUUCAGUUAUGUCUUGAAAGAAGUCAGAUUAUAUGUUCUUGUAAUAGGAUGUAGAAAUGAUUGUAAAGUUAGAACAUUUUAAUUUUGUACCGUCUUACGUUUAUUUUGUCAUCUAACAUUUCAACGCUUUAACUGGAAUCAUUUUAGUGAUUGUAGUUUUUGGGGGAGUCUGUCUGAUUUUUACUUUUAAUAUAGUUUUGACAUUCAACAUCCACAAACAGUUUUAAUGUUCAAUACUUGAAUUAAACUAAAACGCUUUUGGUGA